AUGCUCCCCGCUCCAGCAUCGGUCUUGAACAACCGCGUGGAGGGCAUCAACAUCUCCAUUGCCGAGCAAACGUGUAUUUUGUUUCGUGGCUAUGCCUCCCAGUUCAACACGAAGUCCCGCGACUGGGGUUACGCCACGCAUUUGCAGAAGGAGGCGCUGCUGCUAGGAUCGUGGAACCUCACCUCCUUGGCGGUCUGUCCACUCGCCGCAGGGGACGCAGUCUUGCGCGACAUGCGGCUCUGGCAUGGGGGCACUCCGAACCGCCGUAACCGCAGCCGUUACCUGCCUUCGGCGGAGUUCCUGUCGACUUGGUACGCCAGCAUCACCAUCCAGGUCCCGGAAGACCACUUCUCCCCGCGGCCUGCGCUGCCCUUCGCGCACUGGCUCGGGCUCUCGGCGAAUGCCCAGAGGCGGACGCAGUUCAUCCUCGCCGCGCCAGAGCCAGUGCGGGCAAAGGUGCGCGAGGACUUCGUUCUGAUGCUGCCUUAUGUGGCCGAGGAGCGUCCUUGA